AAGUGACGCGCAAGAUCCCAUAUUCUAGCUAGCUCGGCUCGGCAGCCAACAAUGGCCCUCUUGCUUUUCUUCGCUGCGUUCGUGUUAGCCGCCGUGGCUCCUGCGGCCGGCCAGCGGAAAGGUUUCUUGAGCAUUGACUGUGGUCUAGAGGCCGACUCUGGUGCCUACACGGACAUUGAUAGAGGCAUCUUCUACGUCCCCGAUGGCCCGUACGUUGAUGCUGGGGAGAACCACGAGGUUGCAGCCGACCUCAAGGAAGGUCAUAUACGCCCUGAUCUGACCGUCAGGAGCUUCCCUUCCGGCAUGCGGAACUGCUACACAUUGCCCACAGAUGCUGGGAGCAAGUAUCUGGUCCGGGUGGUGGCCGUCUAUGGCAACUACGACGGCAAGAACAACUCCGUUGGGUUGCAGUUCAACCUGCACAUUGGGACGAACUACUGGGACACCGUGCAGCCGGCCGAUGGGAGGCAGGUGUACGAGGCGUUGUUCGUGGCGUGGGGAAGCUGGGCACCCGUGUGUCUUGUGAACACCGGCCAGGGUACGCCAUUCGCGUCGUCGGUUGAGCUGAGGCCGCUUGGCAGCGAGCUCUACCCGGCCGUCAUGGCCAACCAGUACAUUCGCUUGUAUCGUCGGCGUAAUUUGGGGCCAACGACCGCUAGCGUUACUCGGUACCCUAACGAUCCAUUUGAUCGGUACUGGUGGCACCAGGACACUAAUAAUCCAAUGUGGGAGAAUCUUACCACCACAUCGAUCAACAUCAAGCUGGAAUCCAGCUUCGAGGUGCCCGCAGCAAUUCUUAAAGAUGCCGUCCAAGUGGCUGGGAACAGCACGAUACUCAACAUAAAAUGGCAAGACAACACAGGCCGCCAGUUCGCGGUGUUUCUGCAUUUCGCCGACUUCCAGGACAGCCAGGUCCGUGAAUUUAACGUCUAUUUCAACAGCGGGCCGCCCAACAAGUACAGGCCGCACUACCUGGCUGCUGGUUUCGUCUACAGCACUAGAUGGUACAGGGCCAUCGAUGGAGACUUCAACGUCACUCUUGCGGCCACGCCCGAGUCCGUGCUGCCCCCGAUGCUCAAUGCAUAUGAGAUCUACACUCUCAUCCAUGACACUCCCACCACAUUUCAACAAGACGUUGAUGCUAUAUGGGCUAUUAAAGUUGAGUACGGGAUAAAAAAGAAUUGGAUGGGUGAUCCAUGUUUCCCGAGCCAAUUUAAAUGGGACGGCGUGGAAUGUCGGAACACAAGUGAUAAUAUUCCUAGGAUAAUAUCAAUCGAUCUCUCCAACAGUAACUUGCAUGGGGUGAUAUCUAGUAACUUCACGUUGCUCACAGCACUUGAGUAUCUAAAUUUGUCAGGCAACCAAUUGAAUGGACCAAUUCCAGACUCCCUGUGUAAACUAAAUGAAGGAUCGCUCGUUUUCAGUUAUGGGUCAAAUGGUGAUGUCUGCAACAAAACAAACCUGCCCGGAUCUAAAAAAAGAGCUGCUAUCUUAGCUAUCUCAAUAGCAGCUCCUGUGCUGGUAGUGGUCUCACUUUUAAUUGCAUAUUUGAUCUGGAGAGCGAAAGGAAAGUCCAAUAGAAGUGAAAAAUAUCAUUGGGAUCGUCUACAAAAAAAUGAAAAUCGCCAUUUCACCUACGAUGAGCUGAAGAAGCUUACUGAUAACUUCCAACAGUUCAUUGGAGAAGGAGGCUUCGGAUGCGUGUACCAUGGCUAUUUAGAAGACAAUACUGAAGUUGCCGUGAAGAUCCGUUCUGAAAAAUCAUCGCACGGGUUUAAUGAGUUUUUAGCCGAGCUUGAGAGCUUGACAAAGGUCCGUCACAAGAAUCUAGUUUCUUUGGUUGGCUACUGCUCGGAGAAGGCUCAUUUAGCUCUUAUUUACGAGUACAUGCCUAGAGGCAAUCUUUUUGAUCUUCUGAGAGAUAAAACUGGUGUGGGUGAAUCCUUGAAUUGGGCAAUGCGUGUGCGAGUUCUGCUUGAUGCUGCACAAGGUCUAGAUUAUCUGCACACAGGUUGCAACAGGCCAAUAAUUCACCGCGAUGUGAAGACCAGCAAUAUUCUUUUGGAUCAAAAUCUACAUGCUAAAAUAGCAGAUUUCGGACUUUCUAAAAUUUAUCUUAGCGACACGCAAUCGGGCUUGUCAACCACUGUAGCUGGAACCAUGGGCUACAUUGACCCAGAAUACCAUAUAACUGGCAGGGUCACGGAGAGUAGUGAUGUUUAUAGCUUUGGUGUUGUUCUUCUGGAGGUAGCCACCGGUCAGGGUCCAAUCUUACAAGGCAAUGGUCACAUUAUUCAACAUGUCAAAGAGAAAGUUGCCUCAGGAGAUAUAAGCUCCAUUGCCGAUGAGCGGCUCAAUGGUGGCUACAAUGUCAGCUCCAUGUGGAAGGUGGUGGAAAUCGCUCUGCUAUGCACGAAACCUCUUCCUGCUCAAAGGCCAUCAAUGACUACGGUGGUUGUUCAGAUGAAGGAGAGUCUGGCAUUGGAGGUAGCUCGCGAGGAUAGGGGGCUCCAGGCAAACCCAACGGGUGAUGCGGUGGCUACAUCAUCUACAUUUGAUCCAUCUGCAAGAUGAAAACCCUGUACCUAUAUAUGCAACUAUGUGAAACCCCGCGCGUUGCUGCAGGAGUUUAUUAUGACAACAAUAAGUUAAAAUAAUAUGUAAGAUAGCUUAAACAAUGUAAUCUAGUACAUAAGUUUACAUAAGUUGAUAAGAUUUAAAUUUAAAUAGUA